UCCGCCCGCAGGAAGAAGAAGAAGGCGAAGGAGAAGGCCCAGAUCCUGGAGCAGAUCGUGAGCAGCAAGAAGCAGGAGGAGGAGAAGAAGCGCGGGCUGGACAAGCGGACCCCGGCGCAGGUGGCCUAUGAGAAAAUGCAGGAGAAGCGGCAAAUGGAGAGGAUCCUGAAGAAAGCAUCUAAAACCCAUAAGCAGAGAGUGGAGGACUUCAACAGGCACUUGGAUACGCUGACUGAGCAUUACGACAUUCCUAAAGUCAGCUGGACUAAGUGA